AUAACCACAGCUUCCCGAACUACAACAACUGCUGCACCAACUACAACAACUGCUGCACAAACAACCACCACAGCUGCCCCAACUACAACCACAACUAGCCCCACUACAACUACAGCUGCCCAAACUACAACCACAGCUGAACCAACUACAACCACAUCUUCCCCAACUACAACUCCUGCCCCAACUACAACAACUUCUGCCCCAACAACAACUACAGCUUCCCCAACUACAACGACAGCUGCCCCAACGACAAAAACUGCUGCACCAACUACAACAACUUCCACACCAACAACAACUACAGCUGCCCCAACUACAACGACAGGUACCCCAACGACAACCACUGCUGCACCGACUACAACUGCCGCACCAACAACUACCACAGAAGCCGUGACUACAACUACAGCUUCCCCAACUACAACAACUGCUGCACCGACUACAACAACCUCUUCACCAACAACCACCACAGCUGCCCCAACUACAACCACAGCUAGCCCCACUACAACUACAGCUUCCCAAACUACAACCACAGCUGCACCAACUACAACCACAGCUUCCCCAACUACAACUUCUGCCCCAACUACAACUGCUGCCCCAACUACAACAACUGCUUCCCCAACAACAACUACAGCUUCCCCAACUACGACAGCUGCCCCAACGACAAAAACUGCUGCACCAACUACAACAACUGCUGCCCCAACAACAACUACAGCUUCCCCAACUACAACUGCUGCCCCAACUACAACAACUGCUGCCCACACAACAACUACAGCUUCCCCAACUACAACGACAGCCGCACUAACAACAACUACAGCUGCCCCAACUACAGCGACAGCUGUCCCAACAACAAUAACUGCUGCACCAACUACGACAACUGCCGCACCAUCAAUUACCACAGAAGCCGCAACUACAACUGCAGCUUCCCCAACUACAACAACUGCUUCACCAACUACAACAACUGCUGCACCAACAACCAACACAGCUGCCCCAACUACAACCACAGCUAGCCCCACUACAACUACAGCUACCCUAACUACAACUACAGCUUCCCCAGUGACAACAACCACUGCACCGACUACAACAACUGCCACACCAACAACUACCACAGAAGCCCCAACUACAAACACAGCUAGCCCCACUACAACUACAGCUGCCCCAACUACAACCACAGCUGCACCAACUACAACUACAGCUUCCCCAACUACAACUACCUCCCCAACUACAACAACUGCUGCCCCAACAACAACUACCGCUUCCCCAACUACAACGACAGCUGCCCCAACGACAAUAACUGCUGCACCAACCACAACUGCCACACAAAUUACAACUACAGCUGCCCCAACUACAACAACAGCUGCCCCAACGACAAUAACUGCUGCACCAACUACGAGAAUUGCCGCAACAACAACUACCACAGAAGCCGCAACUACAACUACAGCUUCCCCAACUACAAAAACUGCUGCACCGACUACAACAACUGCUGCACCAACAACCACCACAGCUUCCCCAACUACAACCACAGCUAGCCCCACUACAACUACAGCGUCCCCAACUACAACCACAGCUGCACCAACUACAACUACAGCUUCCCCAACUACAACUGACUCCCCAAGUACAACAACUGCUGCCCCAACAACAACUACAGCUUCCACAACUACAACGACAGCUGCCCCAACGACAACAACUGCUGCACCAACUACAACAACUGUCGCACCGACAACUACAGCUUCCCCAACUACAACGACAGCUGCCCCAACGAUAACAACUGCUGCACCAACUACAACAACUUUCGCACCAACAACUACAGCUGCCCCACCUACAACGACAGCUUCCCCAAAGACAACAACUGCUGCCCCAACUACAACAACUGUCGCACCAACAACUACAGCUGCCCCAACUACAACGACAGCUUCUCCAAUGACAACAACUGCUGCACCAACUACGACAACUGCCACACCAACAACUACCACAGAAGCCGCAACUACAACUACAGUUUCCCCAAUUACAACAACUGCCUCACUGACUACAAUAACUGCUGCACCAACAAUCACCACAGCUGCCUCAACUACGACCACAGCUAGCCCCACUACAACUACAGCUUCCCCAACUAUAACCACAGCUGCCCCAACUACAACCACAGCUUCCCCAACUACAACUGCUGCCCUAACUACAACAACUACUGCCCCAACAACAACUACAGCUUCUGCAACUACAAUGACAGCUUCCCCAACGACAACAACUGCUGCACCAACUACAACAACUGCCGCACCAACAACAACUGCAGCUGCCCCAACUACAACGACAGCUGCCCCAACGACAACCACAGCUGUUCCAACUACAAGUGCUGCGCCAAUUACAACAACACAUAUUUAUCAAGUGUCAGCUACCAUGGAAGGAGAGCCAUAUUCUGAUGACCUUCAAAACCCUAAAAGUGAUGCUUACAAAAACCUGUCAUCCAGGGUUAUACAAACUUUCAAUGAUAUCUACCGAAAUAAAUAUCAACAAUUAUUCAUCACCAGCUUUGUGAUACAAUUCAGGCCUUCAGCUUCAGUUCGAACAAAUACUACUCAAGUGGAGGUUGGACUCAGGUUCAACCAAUCCACUCCAAUGUCAGAGCUCCCAUCAAAUAAUGAAGUUACUCAAACUUUAAUCAGUGCUGUGAAUGACACGAGCAAUUCCUUCACUGUAUCAAUAAACCCCUCAUCAGUUGUGUUAGUUGCAAGCCCACUAUCAGAUGCUACAACCCCAAUACCUGCAACUCCUGCACCUACAGUGGUUGUACCUACAACAGCUGCACCUGCAGUGACUAAACCUACAACGGCUACACCCAGAAUUACAACUCCUUUGAUCAUAACAGCAAAUGUGUCUUUCAGAUCUCUUCAAAGCACUUUUACAAAUGAAUUGAGUAAUUCAUCAUCUCAAGCUUUUAAAAAUCGAGCUUCAAUGAUAGAAAAUCAGCUCAGGCCAUUGUUCCAAGCUGAAUUCUCUAAUUUCAUCAGCUUAUCUGCUGUUCAAUUUCGACCUGGAUCAGUAUACAAUGACAUGGAAACAAAAUUUUUGCGUACACCUCCUAACAACACUGAGAUUGCAAACGUUUUGAUUUCUGCAUCUGGAAACGUCACAGGCUUUGACAUUGAGACUUCAUCCAUUCAUGUGAAUGAUAUACCUUCAAGUGGGGUAAACUACAAGAUCAGCCUCGUCACCACAUCUCUCCUGGUUGUGUUGUCAUGGAUACUGUCAACCCAAUAGGUUCACUGCUGACUGCAGUCACAACAUGUCUUCCUUCCCUGAUAUGACAAAGAUGGAUAACGAUCCCAGAGUGAUUAUUUUAAGUGCUGUACAAGUGAACACACUGGAAAUGUCCAGGAUCCUGAACGGACAGAAUGACACGUUCCAUUUUGAGCACUUUCUCCAUUUAUCAAUUACUGGAAAUAACAUAGUAUUUAUAUAGUAUUUUUUUGUUUUACGUUUUCAAGUACUACACUAUAGCUAAUUUAGUUCCAAUACAGUUCAGCCUCAGUCUCACACAGAUUCAUUUUUCAGGUUAUUUUCAUAACCUACUGUACAUUAACUAUGAAUUUCAGAUUUCCAUGCUAAACUAUUGUAUUAAGCUCAUAAAUCAUCAGAAAUAAUAUCCACCAUAGAAAUCAUUGCAGAUUUAGUCAGAUUUAUUUUGAAUCAUGCUUAAUGCUACUUACAGGCAAAACUAUAUUCAGCUAUUAAAUGAUUGAUUUAUACACUUGCAGAACAUGUCUGCAUUAAUUUUUCAUGUAAGUUUAGUCUUCUUCAACACAAAGAUAUAGUUUUGCCACACAAUAUAAUUCAAAAUGCAAAUGUUAGUGUUCAAUAGUUCUGAAUGUUACAACAUGAUGUUUAAGAGCCUGAAAUUGCACACCCAUUGUUAAGGUUAAUGGUAUAUAUGAAGUAUGUUUUAAUGUCAUGUUAAAUCAAUGUAUAAAGUUUGUUAUUUAUGCAUGAUCUAUUUAUGGAGUCAUAUACAAAUAUAUUCUGUGACCUUUCUUAUACAGUUGCUGUGAGUGACUUUAAAAUGAUCAGAAUACAAAAUUAUUUAAAUUUAAUGUGUUUUGUGAUGUUUUACAGACUUUGGUGGGUAGGAAAAAGAGAAUAAAGAGUGAAAGUAAUGUUUACAAAAUGAAAACU